ACACAACAUUUGAGCGAGCAAGUUGCCCCAGUUGUCGCGGACUGGCUCGACCAGUUGUUUAUUAAAAAAGCCUUACACAUGCGGUCAUUACCUAAUUUACAAUCUUUAUUUCCACAACAAAUUAAAUCUUUUUUGCCUAUCUUAGGCCCACUCCAUAUGUCACUUAAUAAUUUAGCAAAAAAACCUCGUCCUUGGAGAAUCAACCUUUUAUUAGAACUUGCACGAAAUG